AUGCAAGACAAUUAUGUGACGGGCGGGUGCAAUGUCACCUCGGGCGCGCUGAACUGUCGAACCAAGAGUAGCGGCGAAGGACCCGGCAGAGACAAAUUCCUCGAGUCGCCCCAAAGCAGAGUGGACGUGCUAGAUCCUUGGAGUGACAAUGCGACGACGGAGAGCAUCGACGCGUACUUUGGCCGAUUCACGACGGCCAUAACUAAUGGUUACCGCACCCGGUUUGGGAGCUCCGAGUACGAUGCAGACAAGGUGAGGAAUAAUGUCGCGCUGCCGCCGGGUGCCGCGUCGGGUGUGGUGUAG